UUUAAGUGUGAUUGUCAGCUACUCUUUGCCUUGUUGCUGUAGAAGUAUCAUCAGUAUAUGCCAUUACAUUAUUAAUAACACCAGGGUAUAUAUCGCAUGUAUAUAAUAUAAAGAGCAAUGGGCCGAGGACACUACCCUGAGGAACGCCAGAGGACACAUGGGAAUACGGGCCAAAAGUACCAUCAACAUGAACAUCCUACUGUUUACCAACAAACAUAAGCACAAUCUUUGUCGUCGAUGCACAAUCGCAAAGGGAUACCCAGGUACACAUAGACAUACAAGCACACACAAGCAAGCAAAAAUCAGUGUGUGAGUGUGCCUGUCUCGUACCUGUAUCUAUGGCUGUGGCCCUGUGUGAACAUCUGUGCGUGCAUGCGUGUUUACAUGUGUGGCUUCCAGUCGCCCUGUCAGCCUCGACCUCGGCUCCAACCUCUCCCUCCCCCCUCCCCCCACAGCUGCGGCGCCAUGAACUCCUCUCUGGCGCUGAUCAGGGACAGAAGCGACCUUGAGGGGGCCGACCAGGAGACUUUUUACUACACUGGCCACACGUUCAGAGGUGAUCCUGAGUCAAGGCCGUCCAUACCGAGUCUGGCAGAUCUAAAUUGCACCGAUGACUGUGAGCUGACUCCAGGGCACGAGUGUGUGGUUGUCUCUGGCCAAGGGACUUAUCGGUUCCAGAACUGUAGCGAUGGACUCACCAAGUACAGUUGCAUGUACCCAGCAUACUGCCCCGUAGGAUACACACUACACCUUGGCCUGUGCUAUAAGGUCAUCCCCGCAGCAAGUACUUUCCACGACAGUUACGAAAGCUGCAUGAAAGAAGGGUCCGACCUUGCUGUCCCGGAGAACGUGAACGACUUACAGUUUUUGACUGAUCUUGUCAUGAAAACUGAACAAAAACCCAUAGAGGAGCCUGUGAAAGUGAUGCUCGGCAUAGCUUGUCCAUCUCCGUGGCAAUACUCAAUGGACAUCCCUGGCUACCAAUACUGCCAAAGCUUACACAGCUCUCUGGACAUUCUUCCUGAGGGUGAAUUUAGCGUGAACCCAUCUGAGCGCCAAACUAAAGCGAAAUAUGCCGUUUGCAAACAUCAGGGGAUUCUGGACUGCUGGAGCGCACCGGAGUCUCCCAGAAAACACACGACUCUGUCCUGGAACAACAGCAUGGACUACGAAACCCCAGCCAUAUACCAGUGUGACGAGGGUUAUUACUUUAAAGGUGCUACAGCGAGAAGAAAAAAGACUGUAUGGUGCAAUGGUCAAUUCAGCAAUUGGUACCCAACGGUUGCAUCCUGUGUGAUCGUAGGCUGUCACAAGGAUCCGCCCGACACCCCGAAGUCAUUGACAAGAACCCUGAGCGAAAACUACAAAAGCGAUAAUGGUACUGUGACGUAUACCUGUCCAGCUCGCAUGGUUACCCUGAAAAAUGCUACCAACCAGACGGUUACAUGCAGAAAGUUAAGGACAAGAUACAGGUUUUCACCUCUUCGCGUCUCCGACUGUCCAGCAUGCGCGGGGAAGCCGGAAGUGGCCAAUGCCUGGACGACCUGGGACAACGAGACCAUGUACGAAGUCGGGAGUGCCGUGGUCGCCAUGUGCCGCCGCGACCAUUACGUGCGAUGGAGAGAGCGAAAGCAGAAAGUCCAGUGCACGGAGUCCGGAUGGCAGGAAGUACCCGGAUGUGUCCUCAUGAGGAGCUGCGACGGAGAGCUUCCCGACAGCGACCUCGAACCGGUCCUGAGCCACGAGUUCCCGAGGGAGGGGACGUGGGCCACCUACGUCUGCCCGCCGACGAUGGGGUCGAGCGAGGACGGGGCCGAGGAGGAGGUCAUCAGGUGCACGGAGACCCCAGAGGGAAUGCAGCUGCUCCCCGAGGUCACUCAUCCCUGCUGGAGGUGCAUGGCCGAGCCGACGAUCCCCAACGCCCAAACGGACUGGCAGGGCUCCGUCCACUACCUCGUGAACUCCAGCGUCACCGCCACGUGCUCGCCUGGCCGCUUCCACGCCGAAGGGAAGAGCCGGCUGGUGACGUGCCUCUCGACCGGCUGGGAGGCUGCGGACGGGUGCGAGCCGGGCUGUUCCUCCGAGCCUCCUGAGGGCGAGGGGGACGUGACACGGGAGGAGUUCACGGACAGACGCGUCGGCGCCAGAGUCUACUAUCACUGCUCGUCAGAGAAUUUCUUCAAGUCAUUUGGGUACCGGGCCACCUACAAGACCGCCGUCGAGUGCCAGGAGGACGGGGAGUGGCACCUCACAGACGCGGAACUCAAGUGCGAGACAGUUGUGUGGCAAGAACCGCCCUCCCUCAACGGCACCGUCAGCAACCUGCCCAACUGGAGCAUCUUCCUGGGGACGACCAUCGAGUACCGGUGCCGCGAGGGGCUGUUCAGCGUGACGGGCGCCGCGUCCACCAACGCCACCGCGAUCCUGGGCGGCUGGACGGACUUCGAUCCCGAUUUCCGUUGUGUUCCCGCGUGUCUGAAAGAGCCCGAAGUGAGGAACGCUGAGCUGGCCUGGGACAGCGACGCCCUCUACCUGCUCGACGCGCACGUCACUGCGACCUGCAACGAAGGCCACCUUAGCGACGGCGGAGAGGCCAGCCGGGUCGUGACCUGCACCGCCUACGGGUGGGAGGCGAUCAGUGGGUGCUACGUGGCGUGCACGGCGGCCCCUCCACCGGCUGGCGAGAACAUGGUCAUGGGGCAAUACAACUUCACUGGCGUUGGCGCCUCCGUGCAGUACGAGUGCGCGCAAGACUUCUACGUGAAGAGACAAGGCGAGCCGGUGAGCAACACCUCCGCGGUCUGUGGCGAAGACUUGACAUGGCAUCUCUCGCACGGAUCCCUGGACUGCGACAUGCCUCUGUGGAUCGACCCCCCACCUCCGCUCGAGGGAGUCACCCUGCAGGGCCUACAGCCGCCCUUCUACGCAGGCCUCUCCUACAACAUGACGUGCGCCGAGGGCCUCUCCAGCGCCACGGGCGUCGCCUUCACCACAGUCGUAAUCGCCUCUGAAGGAUGGUGUAUCAGGACCCAGACUUCUUUUGCGCUCCUGCGUGCCUCUCAGAACCGCACGUGCAAAACGCCAUAGCGGACUGGAAUACGACAGCCAUCUACCUUGAGGGCACCUUCGUCAGCGCCACCUGCGACCCGGGCCACCUUGCCGAGGGCGACGCUGCCAGCCUCCUCCUUAGCUGCACCAAUUCCAGCUGGGAGGCGGACGCGGCG